AUGACAUUUGGAUCGAUCAUGCCCAGCUGCCGAGGCCUCGUUCGAGUCCAUGCAAGCGAUUUAGUGAAAAGGCAUGCUUCUGAUACUACAGCCUCGUCUCCACCGGGUGUCCCCCUUACCGUUGAAGACUCCGGCCGCCCUUUAGUAUUCGACUACAUACAACCCGAAAGCUGUACCGGUUGGGAGGAUGGUUCUCGCGAAUGGGAAUACCAAGCACUGCAGAAUAUAUACAACAAAACACGGGAUUUUGACAUCAACGGAAAGCGCUGGUCGGAAGAGAGCAAUCUCAAGACUCUUAACACUAGUAAGAAGAUUGGCCGUCCACGGGCUGCCGCUCACUGCGAUACGCCGACUCUGAACCAUAGCCUCAUUCUUGGAAGAAUUCGUGCAGCAGACAUCUAUCUGAUCCUGGCUAUGCCAAUUACGCGCAGUACGAUGCCUACAAGUGUAUGUCCGUUUUUGGAAGAGUACAGGCGCAGAGGAAACCAGCUAGAGACAUCUCGAGGGGGUGAACUGCCCUCGUACCAAGAAGAUAAGGAUCACUCCCCUGGUGCGGCUGGCUAG